UUCUUCAAAACAGUCUUGUAAGUUCUGAGAUUUUUGAUGAGAAGUAAUGUACAUUGAAGAUAUUUACAGCGAUGUGCUAUUAUGGCGAAGUAAAAAAUACUAUUACAGGAGUCAAUCCCUUACUAAACAUACUUUACUAAAUUUUAUCACAUUUAUAACAAACUCCGUUAACAGGGCCAUACUCGCCAUUUAGCUUGUUAUCUGUGCCACAGGUUUUCAAACAUCUGUGCUUCUCCUUGUGUUCCAAAUAUUGAGCGGCUUUAGAGUUUAAAUUCGAAAAUUCUUAACAGUUUUGAACAAACAAUAUUAUAUGAUAUUGAAUGAUCAUUAGUAUUAUCUGUAAUUUCACACAGUUACUUCAUAAGUACAUCUGGUACGCUUGUAGGUUAUCUAUGCAAGUGACAAUUCUGUAAAGCGUGACCCAAAUUGAUUAGUGAAUAUAACUUUUACAUCGGUGGCAGGAUUUCCUAUUAAGACCAGGAAAAUGAUUAACUCAGCACACAUGAGAGAGUCUCUUGGUCCCACAGCAAGAGGCAGUUAUCUUAAAUCUGAAGACAUUUCUGAGUCACCUAAAGUGGAAGAACCUAUGAAGAAGCUGCAUAGGCUGCGUCUUUUGUCAGAUGACCCAAGAUCACCUUCUUCUGGGAUUCUUCGAACACCAAUACAGGUGGAAUCCACCCCUGAAGAUGUUUAUUACAAGAGUGAUGAAGAAGAAUCUAGUCCAGCUGAUUGCCUGUUUACUGAUACAUCACUGGAGGAUCUAGUUUUACAUCCAUCUAUCAACUCGGGCAACAAACCCAGGUUUAGCUUGCUUGAUCCAGGAUUGCCAAGUGAAGAAUCUGCUCAUACCCAAAAUCAACUGGAUGACCCAUCACACUCACUGAAUCAUCAGACAGCUGAUGCAUGUGUAACAUCACAAUCAGGAGACUUGGAAUCUAAUUGUAACGCUGAAGAUCCAGGAGAUGUAAGAGAGACCCAGUUAAAUUGCAGGAAGCCUGUUGUUGGAACAAUGACACCCAUGAAGUCAAACAAAACAAAUGAAGACUGUCUUAUCAGAAAGUUGUUUAAUGACCCUGAUUCCAAAGAACAUCUGAUGCAGGCUUCUCCCAAGGCACGUACUCCAUUGCAGACUGUGUCUGCCAACGGAAUCACGCCACAGCAGAUCCUGCGAGUCAAACAAUCUCGUGGAAUAAACCAGGAGAUAGGACGCCUGUCUGGGAUCGAGAACACUCCACCAGACACUCUCAACAUACGUGGCACACUCACAAAAAACAAGCAGCCACAAAAAUACAACAUGUCUUCAAGCUGGGAACCAGAGAACACUAUUAUACUUUGAGAAGAUUAUGAAUUCUGCUGUCAUGAAAUUUUAUGAAUAUGCCUUGUAUGUGCUGAUUUGUAUAACAUAUAUAUAAUUGUGUGGUAGUUAGUAAUUUUAUUAAAUUCUGAGCAGUUUUAUACAACA